AUGAGAUAUCGAGCACACAAGUACCGGGUGAGGGCACCAGUUGAAGGGGAAUUUCGUAUCACCACUCUCUCUUCCCGCUCCCCACCCGCCGCCAUCAUCCCCUCCCCCUUCUUUCAUGCAGCCGGAGCACAAGUACCGGCCGGAGCACAAGUAUCGGGUGACAGCAGCGGUGGAAGGCUUGUGGCACCCUCAUCCUCCCUUUCCUUCCCCACACCUACCUCCCACCACCAUCCGCCCUCCCAUUCGCACCUCCCUCUUUCCUUCAUGCAGCCGGAGCACAAGUACCGGCCAGAGCACAAGUACCGGGUGAGAGCGGCAGUGGAAGGGGGCUUUUCCUUCUGCAGCGAUCUAGCUCCCACCAAUGGCGUGGGCGGCACUGCUCCCACCCCCAUGGACUAUGCAGCAGCAACAGUUGCCAUGUGUACAGCCACCACUGUCAGACUGACGUCUCAAAACACUUCUUCAAUCACGUGGCUGUCCCCCUCCCCUCUCUCCCACUUAUACCUUCUGCCACCCACCCCACUACACCUCAUGUGCACGACCACUACUGUCAGACUGGUACACGCCUGCCUUCCUCCGUUUCCCCCCCUUCCUUCCUCCCCUUCUCUCCCCCUUCCCCCUGGCAUACACCUCAUGUGCACGGCCACUACUGCCACACUGCUCCCUCCCUCCAUCGCCCACAGUGUGCGGUCUGCAAGCGGAGCCCCCAAAACACGCAUUGCUGUCACGGUAAAACCAGCCUUUCAUCUCUCUUCCUGUCAUGUCCCUUUCCCUCCCUUCCCCUCACUCCCCCUCCUUCUUCCACAACGGGAGGUUGCCGGACGGCCUUCGGUUGUUGUUGCGCUUGGAGGGACCCCUUUCCGCGGAACAAAGGGAGAGGCUUUUGGAAAUAGCAGGGAAAUGCCCGGUGAAGCAAAUGAUGCUAGGUAA